CCAAAGCUUUCGUCACCGGCGUCGUCAGCGAUGAAUCCUUCUGAUGACGAUAGCAAUCAACAUGGGCUCCUCAAGAGAGGCCUUAAAACGAGGCCGCUUACGAUGGCUCGAGGCAUCAUUCGCUGUGCGCAGACAAACUACUUAAAGCAAACAAAGCAAAGCAGAGGAAAGCCUUGAGAAAGCAGCGUCUUGUCAAGGCGGUCGAGGCGAUCCCUUUGUUGGAUUGGAUUUAUUGAUUAUUUAUUUAUUAAUCCAGGAGCGCAUCAUCAUCAUUUUGAUCCACAGCAACAGACAUCAAUAUAAUACACAAAACACCCUGACAAUGUCUUCCCCUCCCGCCAAGACCGAUACCAAGACGAUUCUCUUCCUCGGCGCCACCGGCGGCGUCGGGCUCUCGGCCCUCCGGCGCUCCCUCGCGGCCGGCCACAGCUGCAUCGCCCUCUGCCGGACCCCCUCCAAGCUCACCUCGCAGCUGCAGCAGCCCGACGGCGGCAGCGGGACCGUCCCGCCCAACCUGGACAUCGUGCAGGGCGACGCGCACGACGCCGCCGCGCUGGCCCGCUGCCUCGCCCGCCCCGUCGACGCCAUCGUCUUCUCCCUCGGCGGCCGCCCGACCCUGCGCGGCCUGUCGGAGCCGCAGGUGUGCGAGCGCGGCAUGGCGACGCUGCUGGCCGCCCUCCGCGAGACCAAAGCCAAGAGAGAGGCGGCAGCCUCGGCUACGACGACGGAACGAGGGGAGGAAGAAAUCCGAACCCGACAAGAAAGAGGAAGAGGCGAGGGGAAAAAACCGCGGCUCGUGGUGGUCAGCACGACGGGCAUCUCCGAGGCGGAGCGCGACGUGCCGCUGGUGAUGAUGCCGCUGUACUGGGCGAUGCUGUCGGCGCCGCACCGGGACAAGCGGGCGAUGGAGCGGCUGGUGGUGCAGGAGGCGGGCGAGCUGGCCGACUGGACGCUGGUGCGCGGCAGCCUGUACACGGACGGCCCGGCCACCGAGGGCCGCGUCCGCGCGGGUAUGGAGGACCCCGUCCGCCGCGUCGUCGAGGUGGCGGCUGCCCCCGGCUACACCAUCAGCCGCGAGGACGUGGGGAAGUGGCUGUUUGAGGAGUGCAUCGAGGGCGGCAACAAGUGGGUCGGCAAGGCCGCUAUGAUCUCCUACUGCGCUAUAGUAGGCAGUGUCUUUGGUUAUAUAUUAUAUCUAGAAUUGGGGGGAGGGGGCGUGGGGCCGGGAAAGGAAGCAUUAAUCUACCGUAUGACUCUGUUGGUUAUUAUUCCUACAUGACUUAUGGGCCCUGUUCCUACCCGCAACGCUUUCUCAGAAUCCCCUGUUGCAGAGAUUGCCAGAGCCCUGCAAACACAAACAAGGCGGCAACAACAACAACCACCUUCCGUCCUCCCCUUCCUCCUCCUCCCCCAUCCCCUCCCGCACCCGCUCACACAGCCUCA